CACCCUCCAUUUUUUUUAUCUCUAUCAAGAAAACAGAACAAUUAUUAUUAGUUUUCAACAAUAACAAUGGCACCUGCGAGACCUUGUUCCUUUGGUUUGAAUCAUAAUAAUAAUACUCUUGGCCUUCUUCUUCUUCUACUUCUCGUUCUACUUCUCAGUAAAUCAUCAUGUGAGGCUUCCGAACUGAGACUUGAUUACUAUGCGUCGUCCUGCCCUACUGUGUUUGAUGUUAUUCGCAAGGAAAUGGAGUGUGCUGUGCAAUCUGAUCCUCGUAAUGCAGCCAUGGUUCUUCGUCUUCACUUCCAUGACUGUUUUGUCCAGGGAUGCGAUGGAUCAGUUUUGCUUGACGAUACAGUGACUCUGAAAGGAGAAAAGAAAGCCUCCACCAACAUUCACUCUCUGAAAGGCUUCGAUCUGAUUGACAGAAUCAAGAACAUGGUUGAAUCUGACUGCCCCGGCAUCGUCUCUUGUGCUGAUCUUCUCACCAUUGCUGCUAGAGACGCUGUCAUUCUGGUUGGUGGACCUUACUGGGAUGUUCCUGUGGGAAGGAAAGAUUCUAAAAGUGCAAGUUUUGUACUUGCCAACACUAACCUUCCAAAUCCAGAUGACAGCCUUCUCUCCAUCAUUUCCAAGUUUCUCUAUCAAGGCCUUUCAGUCACUGAUAUGGUAGCCCUUUCAGGAGCUCAUACAAUCGGCAUGGCACGGUGUUCAAGUUUCCGAUCGAGGAUUUAUGGCGACUUUGAAGCGACUUCCGAGAAAGACAGCACCUCGGAGACUCACCUGAGAGAUCUGAGAUCCAUGUGUCCACCAUCAUCAAAGGGAUCAUCAUCAGACAAUAACGUAACAGCAAUGGACUACGUCACCCCUAACCUCUUUGACAAUUCUUUCUACCACUUGCUUCUGAAGGGCCAGGGAUUGCUUAACUCAGAUCAAGAACUGUAUUCGAGUGUGUUUGGGAUUCAAACAAAAGAGCUCGUGAAGAAGUAUGCUUUGGACCCUCUUGCUUUUUUCCAGCAAUUCUCAGAUUCGAUGGUGAAGAUGGGGAAUAUUCUGAACCCAGAAAGCUCUGUUCAUGGAGAAGUCAGGAAGAAUUGCCGAUUUAUUAACACUUGAAGCUAAGUUAAAUUUUCUGAGACUGGUUCGUGUCUUGUUUGUUGUUCAAUAACCCCAAAGAAAAAUGUUAUUUGUGUUAUUUCUGUGUUGUGAGAGCUGAUACUAAUUAGCAAGACCCUGUAAAAUGAGAAAGUCGGAAAAGAUGAAGUUCGAAAUUGUUACUUUUUCACCCAAUUUAAUUUAAAUAUUUAUACAA